UUCUCUUCCCUUGGACGCAAAAAUCUCGAUGAGUUCUAAAAAUGAGCAUGAGACUAAGUUACGAGCGAGAAUAUGUUCGUAAUCAAGGGGUGAUCCCGCCAUGUGAGUGGGCGGAGCCUGCGGCUUUCAAACAGCGGCGGCCCUAUAAAAGCUUGCACGGCUGCACGCCGUGAGAGUUUCACCUCCGAUGCGUCACGAUUAAAGCCGGCGAUGCACGACUCCGGCGGGGUCCAGCUGGCCCAGGCCCUCAAGCACUCCGUCCUGUGCCUGCUGCUGGUGCCGCGCUUCCUGGCCGCCGCCGUAACGCUAUGGCUGCUGGACUUCCUGUGCAUCCGCCGCAAGGUGCUCCACCAGAUGGGCGCGCGGCCGCACAGCGCCGACGACCCGCCGCUGUGCGUGUCGGACUCCAACCGGAUGUUCACGCUGGAGUCGCUGCGGGCGGUGUGGUACGGCCAGAAGCUGGACCUGCUCAAGUCGGCGAGCCUGGGACGCGCGGCGCCCAACACGGAGGUGUUUCUGGUCCAGGGGCGCCGGCGGGUGCGCAUCCUGGACUGCAUGCGCGGAACGAGGCCGCUCAUCCUCAACUUUGGCAGCUGCUCCUGACCGCCGUUCAUGACGCGCCUGGCCGCGUUCCAGCGCGUCGUCAGCCAGUACGCGGACAUUGCGGACUUCGUGGUGGUCUACAUCGAGGAGGCGCACCCGGCGGACGGCUGGGUGAGCUCCGAUUCGCCGUACCAGAUCCUCAAGCACCGCUGCCUGGAGGACCGGCUGAGCGCGGCGCGGCUCAUGCUGGCGCAGGUGCCCGGCAGCAGCGUGGUGGUGGACGGCAUGGACAACGCGUCCAACGCCGCCUACGGAGCUUACUUCGAAAGACUCUACAUCGUCAGGGACCGGAGGGUAGUCUAUCAGGGGGCCCGGGGGCCGGAGGGCUACCGGAUCUCCGAGCUCAGGAAAUGGCUGGAACAGUACCGGAAAGACCUGAUCGUGUCUCCGGUGUUGCAAGCGUAGCCCGGGGGGAGAUUUGUAUCUUCUUUUCUUUUUAAAGUGCAGGUUUAGGCCUUGGUUCUGCUCAGUUCUAAUCGGGUGGUUCUUGUGCGUAAUAGCUGCCAAAUAAAGACUUUUUUUUCCCUUUUUUUAAUUUGGGAGGGUAGGGGGCACCCCUGGGUGUUUGCGUGAAGUGCGGUUCUUAAACGGCGCAGCCACAGAACCGACACUGAUGUUUGUGACACCCGGAGGGUGUCCAAAUGUCCUGUUGGAUUGAUGGGGGGCCGAAUGGCGCGACGUCACGAUACGUAAUUGAACAAAACUCUUUUGUAAAAAAAAAAAAGCACACAAAUAAAUAACACUGAAUCACUAUUGACUAAAGACAUUAUGUAAUGUGUUUUCCCAUUUGAAGUAAGGACACAUCAUUAGGUACACAUCAAGUCAUAUCCAAUAGAAAUAUUGGGUAACACUUUAGUAUGGGGAACAUAUUCAUCAUUAAUUAGUUGCGUAUUAACAUGCAAAUUAGUACCAUAUUGGCUCGUAACUAGUCAGUAAGUAUUUAUUAAUGCCUUAUUCUGCAUGGCCUUAUUAUACAUUAAUUAGGAGUAUUCCCUCAAUAACUUCAUAAUUAUUGCUUAUUAGUAACCCUAACUAUUGUUGUCCAAAUAACUCUAAAUUAAGUCUUUGUCACUCAUAAACUGUUACCAAAUAUCGUUAUACUUCUGCCCUCAUUAAGUGCCAAUAAAUAAAAACUUAAUGAAAUGUCUAGUCAGCGUGCUGUUAAAAUGCAUCAAAAAAGCUCCUUUUGAUUUGUCAUCAACAUGACUGUCACACAGAUAGUCAACAAAGUGGGCUUGUAGAGGUUUGAGUUCCGUGGUGAAGAAUGUGGAGCUAAAGUGGACUUAAUCCUUUUAAUGUCAGCACUAACCAGCAUGAUGCAACAGUCCUGGUGGAGUCUCAAAGGAAUUUAACUUCCUUAACUGGAAAUAAGUUAAUUAUCUCACAAGUUUUUAUCUCCUAAUGUCAGAAUGCCAGAAUCAAACAUAAUAACAAAUUAUGAUAUUAAAAGGUAUAAUAAUUUGUCAUUUAAAAAGUAUCUUUCAACCACAAAAGCCAAACCGAGGCUUGCAAUGUACUCCAGUAAAUAUUAGAAAUUAAAUAUUUUACUAUUCAAACUUUUUUGACCCUAAAUUAAGAUGACAAACACAUAUAUUUACAUUAAUUGUAAAAACAACAGAUUUAUUAACCGUAGAUUAAAGCAACUGUUGCCCAUGAACUGUCUAGUAUUAUAAUGUAUUGUAUAUCUAUUUGAAAUAAAAAGCUGAUAAUGACAGUAAAAUACAAUUGCAGGUUUAUACCACAUCAUUAUUAUAAAAUAAAAAUAAAGACAAUGUUUGACACAAGCAAAAAUGUAUUGUAUGUUAUUUAAGUACUUUUCUCAUGUUAAAUUUGGGGUACUGCAUAGUGCACGACAAGAGAUUGACUGAAUUGUCUCAAUUUAAAUGUACAAUGUACAAAGAUUGUAUAAACACACACAUAUAUAUAU